GGCUGGCCGGGCGGGGUCGGGAGCCGAGUCCUCAGCCCCAGCCCUGCGGGAGCCCAGCGAGGACACCGAGGCCCCGCCCCGGCCGCCGGUGGCGCCCCUGAGCUCCGAGCCGCGCCGCAGACACAGCCGGAAACCGGCCCGGCGGGAGCCGAGCCCCGACCUAGUGCCACCUGACCCUGAGUCCGAGGCGCACGAGCCGAAGCCCGAGUCCCAGCCCCAGUCGGGGCCGUCCGAGCCCGGCCCGCCAUGGCGGGGCCGCGGGGCGCUCUCCUGGCCUGGUGUCGCCGCCAGUGCGAGGGCUACCGCGGCGUGGACAUCCGCGACCUGAGCAGCUCCUUCCGGGACGGCCUGGCUUUCUGCGCCAUCCUGCACCGGCACCGGCCCGACCUGCUUGACUUCCAGUCUCUCUCCAAGGAAAAUGUCUUCGAGAAUAACCGUUUGGCCUUUGAAGUGGCUGAGAAGGAGCUGGGGAUCCCUGCUCUCCUGGACCCCAAUGACAUGGUCUCCAUGAGUGUCCCCGACUGUCUGAGCAUCAUGACCUAUGUGUCCCAGUAUUACAAUCACUUCACCAGUUCUGGCCAAGCUGCUGUCUCACCACCCACAUCAGGAAAGGACCCAGCGCCCCCCUCCCCCACAUCCACAUCACCUGCUGCGCGGCCAGGAGAGGAGGCUCAGGGUGAUGACCUCUCCUCAGGCAACCUGUCCGAGCAGGGCAAACAGCAGCCCCCCAGCAGCGCAUGUGCAGCCUGUGGGCAGCGGGUACACCUGGUGCAGCGGUACUUGGCCGAGGGCAGGCUCUACCACAGGCACUGCUUCCGAUGUCGGCAGUGUUCCAGCACUUUGCUUCCAGGCUCUUACAGUAGUGGGCCUGAGGAAGGCACCUUCGUGUGUGCACAACGCUGCACCAGGCUAGGCCCAGGAACUCGGCCCCUCUCACAGCGAAAGCAGCAGCAGGUGACAGAAGAAGCCAAGGAUGGAGAAGAGAGUGACCUUAGCCCAAGUGUGGCUGCAGUGGCCGAGGCAGAUGGGCUCCAGGCCAGCUCCGAGGUACAACCCAACACCCUGACCAAGCCACGUCUUCCCAGCAAGCCCCAGGAGCUGGCCAGUCCCCUUGUUGGCCGGCCCACACCUGCCCCCAGGAAGGCUUCGGAGAGCUCAGCCUUGACACCCCCAACACCUCGGCCUCGGUCUAGCCUGCAGCAGGAUGGCUUGGUGGAGCAGAGUGUCAGCAGUGGCCUUGUGAACGGAAGACUGCAGGAGCCCCCUGUUCCCAAGCCAAGAGGGACACCCAAGCUGUCAGAGAGGGUACCAGCACCAAGGAAGGACCCCCCAUGGAUCACACUGGUGCAGACAGAGCCAAAGAAGAAGCCAGCCCCACUGCCCCCCAGUAACAGUCCUGGGCCACCGAAUCAGGCCCACAGGCAGGUGGAGAACGGAGGCCUGGAGGGACAGACCCAGAAGAGCCCAGUAGCUGGGCCAGAGCCCAAGCCCUACAACCCCUUUGAGGAGGAAGCGGAGGAAGAAGAGUCUGCCCCGGCAGUACCAAGCCCCGCCCCAGCCCCACCAGAGUCCACACCCAAGUCCCUGCACCCCUGGUACGGCAUCACCCCCACCAGCAGCCCCAAGACAAAGAAGCGCCCCGCCCCAAAAGCACCUAGUGCAUCCCCACUUGCUCUCCACGCCUCCCGCCUGUCACACUCAGAGCCUCCUUCAGCCACACCAUCACCAGCCCUUAGCGUGGAGAGCCUGUCGUCCGAGAGCUCCAGCCACACCGCCAACGUAGAGCCUCUGGAGCCGCCCUCUGUACCCAAGAGCUCCUCGGAUCCUGCUGUGCAUGCACCCAGUGCCCCUGGCACACCUGGGAACUCUGUCACCCCGUCAGCCAACUCUUCCCUGUCUUCUUCUGGGGAGCUGGGGCAGCCUAGUGGUGAACAGGUGCCACAGACCAGGACCAGGGCCAGCCCAGGUACCCAGGCCACCAAGCCCUGCAGUGGUGCUACUCCGACCCCGUUCUUGUUGGCUGGAGACCGGAGCCCUGCGCCUUCCGUGGGGAGCUCGUCCCCACAGCUGCAGAUCAAGUCUUCCUGCAAGGAGAAUCCUUUCAACCGGAAGGCGUCUCCCUCCGCAUCUCCAACUGUAAGAAAGGCCACCAAAGGAGCCAAGCCCAUGCGGCCACCUGCCCCAGGACAUGGCUUUCCACUCAUCAAACGCAAGGUCCAGUCUGACCAGUACAUCCCUGAGGAGGACAUCUACGGUGAGAUGGACACUAUUGAGCGCCAGCUGGAUGCCCUGGAACACCGUGGGGUUCUGCUGGAGGAGAAGUUGCGUGGUGGAGCAAAUGAGGGCAGCGAGGACGACAUGCUGGUGGACUGGUUCAAGCUCAUCCACGAGAAGCAUCUGCUAGUGCGUCGCGAGUCAGAGCUCAUCUAUGUCUACAAGCAGCAGAACCUGGAGCAGCGCCAGGCGGAUGUGGAAUAUGAACUCCGGUGCCUUCUCAACAAGCCGGAAAAGGACUGGACAGAGGAGGAUCGGGCAAGAGAGACGGUGCUGAUGCAGGAACUCGUGACCCUCAUCGAGCAGCGCAACGCCAUUGUCAACUGCCUGGACGAGGACCGGCAGAGGGAAGAAGAGGAAGACAAGAUGCUGGAAGCUAUGAUCAGGAAGAAAGAGUUCCAAAGAGAGGCUGAAUCUGAAGGCAAGAAGAAGGGCAAGUUCAAGACCAUGAAAGUGCUGAAGCUGCUGGGAAACAAGCGUGACACCAAGAGCAAGGUCCCUGGGGACAAGAGCUGACAGCAAAGCAAGCCGACUUCCUUUC